UAGCCGUUGUUGUAUCCUAUGCUACUGAACGGAUUUGCCGUGAUACAAACUAGCUACACACUGGCAUUUAAGCCAUGAAAAGAUGCUCCUUCACGGGAUUAAAACAAUAAAACAAGCAACAAGAAGUCUGGAAAAACUUUGCCGAACUGUGCCCAAACUUUAAAAGACUACAACCCAAAUCACUUCCCUACAGUUUCGAGUGUGUUAGCAUUGUUUUAUCUCACCAAAAUUGCCAUUGGACGCGUUUUUUUUUCUUCUGGAGCAGUCCAAUCUGAUGAAUUCACCGAAAAAAGACGGAGAUGAUGAUGUGCCCGUUAAAGACCCGGUAAAAUACGGCGAAUUGGUCAUUCUGGGGUACAAUGGCUCUCUUCCAAGCGGAGACCGGGGGCGCAGAAAGAGCCGCUUUGCUCUGUACCGAAGGGCCAAGGCCAACGGUGUCAAACCCAGCACUGUGCACAUCCUCAACACACCACAGGACAGCAAGGCUGUACACAGCAGGGGGCAGCACAGCAUCUCUUUCACUCUGUCCCGCAACCAGACAGUGGUGGUGGAGUACUGCCACGACAACAACACAGACAUGUUCCAGAUUGGACGCUCCACAGAAAGUCCCAUUGACUUUGUGGUGACGGACACCUCAGGAGGGGUAAAGGAGGGAGAGGACCCCUCCAUCGCUCCUAGCACGAUCUCACGUUUUGCCUGCAGAGUGGUGUGUAACCGCAACCCACCCUACACUGCACGUAUUUACGCCGCAGGCUUUGACUCCUCCAAAAAUAUCUUCCUAGGGGAAAAAGCAACCAAAUGGAAAAACCCUGAUGGGCACAUGGACGGCCUGACCACCAACGGGGUGCUAGUGAUGCACCCGGAGGGGUUCCCAGAGGACCCCAAGCAGGGGCUCUGGAGGGAGAUCUCUGUCUGUGGUGAUGUCUACGCCCUGCGGGAGACACGCUCAGGACCUACCCGGGGCAAACUGGCAGAGGGAGAGAGCAGUGCACUACGAGAUGGCUCCCUGGUUGAUCUGUGUGGUGCCACCCUGCUGUGGCGUACAGGCGAAGGGCUCAUGCGUGCUCCCACCCUGCGUCACCUGGAGGCACUUCGCCAGGAGCUUAAUGCGUCCCGGCCGCAGUGUCCUGUAGGCCUAAGCACGCUGGCCUUCCCCAGCCUGCCUCGCAGCCACAGCCUUGAAGAACGUCAGCCGUGGGUCUACCUCGCUUGCGGCCAUGUCCAUGGACGCCACGACUGGGGCCAGAGAUCUGAGGGAGAGGAGGAACCAGGAGAGGGCGAGGGCUCCACAGCCCGCCGAGAAUGUCCGCUGUGCAGGAGCGUUGGUCCCUACGUGCCCCUGUGGCUGGGCUGUGAACCUGCUGUGUAUGUAGAUGCCGGUUCUCCUACGCACGCUUUUGUGCCGUGCGGUCACGUCUGCUCAGAGAAGACAGCCAGGUACUGGGCUGAGACCCCGCUACCCCAUGGGACCCACGCCUUCAGACCCGUCUGCCCCUUCUGCUCCACUGCCCUCAGCUCCCCCGGCUGGACGCGGCUCAUCUUCCAGGGCCCCAUCGACUAGUUGCUACAACACAGCAACCACUAUCACAGUCACAGAAAGAUGCUCGAGCUUCAUUCAUGUGGCAAACGUUGAUCAAUAUGGAAAGGUAAUUAAUGAGGAGUGCUUCACGUCAUUUUCACGUUAUUAAAGCAUGUGUAUUCUACAGUCAGUAUUCUACAUUGUCACUGAAUGCAGCUCGAGCCUGAAGAAUCCUUCCCCUUGUUUAUCCUUCAGCGCUUGUUAAUUGGUAAAAGAUAAGGAGGUGGUGAUUAAACCAUGCCAGAAUCCUAAUCAGUACUGUCAUGUCAACAGUAUUUACUCUAAACUAUAUGUGGUGUCCACUUCUCUGUCAUUCAAGAGUCUGCGGUUCAUUCCAAACAAACACUAAAACAGCCGAUUUAGAUGUUGCAGAUUUACCCAACCUCCAACAACAGAAGGGUCUCAGAAGCAACACUGUAUAUACACAGGAGCUUAAAAGAUGUUCCUUGUCUAGUCUCAAACGGUUAUUUAAUUAUCAAGUGGCACAGCCUUCCAAUAAUUAUACCCUUGAUAUGAAACAUUCAGACUCUAAGACUUGUAUUUGUCUGUUUCAGAAACCAUGUAGGAAAUUACAAGUAGCUUUUUUGCACAUAGGAAAGAAAUGGCGUUUUUAUCUGGUUGCAGGCCUGGGUGUUCUUCACUCAGUGAAACAUCAAUUCUGACGGUAGUCUCCAGUUAUAGAUGUGUAGCAUUGCACUUUUCGGGCCGCACUUUGCUAUCCAACAACCUUUGCAUUAGUUUGCACCCUUUUGCACUCUGACUUCGGUGUUUGCUUCCUGAAUGACCAGCUGAUUUAUAUUUGUAGCUGUAUUCAACAGGCUCGUAUUAACUACUCAUGGUAAAUGUGGGAGGUCACAAGAAGGGAUCAGAGGCUUGUGCUUCCAUGCAUGCAUUUCAAAAUUCUAGUGUUCCAUGAAGAGGAUACUAUGAACCAUUGUUAAAACCAGGAUAUUUUUGAGUAUAUGCAGUUCUCAUCUUUUGUAUUCACAUAUCCUCUAAGUGUGAAAUCUCUACACCGGCCCCCCAUAAAUGAGACCCCAUGUGUACCCAUCGAUUGGAGUGAUACCUGCAGACUCUUUGAUUAGCACCGAAGCACCAGAGGGAACACUACAUAAGGCAAGGAAGAUAAACAAGGGCUGGGAAUAAAACCGGGUAAACUCCACUUAAUAACUCUCUAAAGCAAUAAUAGCACUCCCAUAGAUAAGCUAGAUGUUUUGCUAUGGUUAGCCAAGUGUUAGUUCAGCGGUCAAUUCAAACAAGGCUGAAAUGGUUUCCAGGUUAAGGGCUCAACCAGAAGCGUGUUCAAUGCCAUGAUUUAUUUUAUUUCCGAAUGGGCUCUUAGGCCAGGUGAUGUAACCAAAGUCCUAGAAUUUCAAGAUGAGCAACUGAAUCACUGACUAAAUACCUGACAGUUUUUUAAGUACUCCUUUCAAAUGCAUUAAGUAGCCUCAUCAUGCUGACAGAAAUCAGCAUGAUGAGGCUGCAGAACAACACAGCAGCCAUCACAAACAAACACAUUGUGUUGAAUUAAUUUGAACACACUUCUGGUUACUGAAUUAUGCUAAACAGGGUCUACAUUAGUAUGAUGGAGUCCCAUAAAGGUUUGACCUUGCGUAACCUCAAAAGAAAACCUUUUUUGUUUGUUUGUUUCAAAGAAAACUAUUUUGUUAGGAAAUGGGGAGGGAUUUAUUUGGGGAAGCGGGAGGAAUUCUUUUAGAUGUUCGGUGUUUAAAAAAAAAACAAAAACAACUAUUUUUCUAACUGAUAAUUGGUUUUAGUUAACUGUUGUUACUCAGUGUCAGCAAGUUCUGUAUGUUUCAGAAUAUUAUCGUGUGGUAGAUGUAGGAGAGCUUGUGAGUGAGAAAACAUUGCCAACACUGUGUCCAACAAACACACUUAACACACUGCUACCAUAAAACAUUGCCCAGACAAUGAAUGUAGCCAAAUACUCAGGCUAUAUUUAGCCUUCCCUGGUGCUCAUAUUGAAUGGUCUAUAUUGUGAUACUAUUUUUGUAACUAAAUAUUAUGGUGUAGCUUGGUGAAAUAGCUCAAAAGAGUCAGAUAAUUUCAAUAAUAGCCUCAAGUAUGGAAGACGUAUAACUGAUGAUACACACUCACAUGGAAAUUGUGUCUAUCUUGCAUGUGCUGAACGUACACAUACAUUAUGUACACUACACAUACACGCACUCAAAUACUUUGCACGGUGGUUUGCCAACCUGUUAUUCAUGCUGAGAGCGUUUGUCGUAGAUCAAGACGUCUUCCGAGUCCUCAGCUGUUAAAACUGCAACAUUUUUGUUUUGUUUUAGUUUUUUUUGUUUGUUUUUUAGAAGACCUUUCCAGAAAAAAAAAGGAAAAAAGAAGACAGACAGAAAAAUCCUCAUACUUGAUAGAUGUGUGAAUUUUGUGUGUGAGACCAAUCAAAUCCCACUUCGUACUACUAUGCUAAUAUUUUCCACCAAACCAAUGCACUGCAGAGAGAUGUCCACAUCACCACUAGUUUGCAUUUUGUAUUUAGACCCAUCAUGGUGCAUUUAAAGCUAACGAAAGUCAGCCUGCUGUUUUCAGAAUACUAUAUUUUCCAUUUGAAGUCUAAAUACAAGAUUUAAACUCCGAGGAGUGCGGUGGAUAAUUGAUGUAGUGUUGAUAUUUACUGUAGCUCAGGAUUAGUAAUUUCAGAUUCACAGCUGUUAAGGCAUGAAGACACUUUGAGUUAAAAGGUUUCAGAACUGCAAAAUACAUAAAAAGGAGAACGGUUGUGAGAAAAAUUAUCUGCUGUAAUAGAGAUGAUACAGUAGUGUAGAUCACCGCAGGUCUAGGAUCAGUCACUUACGGGUCUUACUGUAAGGGGAACAGGCAAUGAAAAUGUCUCAAUCAGCUUCCCUUUACUAAGCACACCAUAUCCAGUGAAUUCAGCCUUUCUAAGCUAAUAUAUACAACAAUAAAUGUAACACCAUUGGCAUGUGGAUGGAAGAACCGUUGCAGCACCCUGUUUGACUUCUAGUUUAUGACCUGACGUAUUUAUUUUAGCUCAUUUUUCUUAACUUUUACUCUGCUUUAUUCUUUAUUAAACCCUCUUUGGGUUACAGGUGUCCAUACGCAAUUUCCUUUUCUUUGUUGUUAGAUUUUCGAGCUGUUGAAAAAUUCAGACACAGUAUCUAUUUUAGCGUGGCACCAGGUUGUUUAAUACCACCAGUAACAUCAUUAGCUCUUCCCUAACUUUGUUUUUUUAUUAUAUGUAUCAAAUGACCUUCAUUCCAGGUGGCAAAACCUCAACUUCCUCAAUUUAUGAACUCACCUUAUUAUAAGUGAGUGAGUAGCUGACACUUAUUCUACAGUGUAAAACCUCACAGGUAACAAUGCAUUCCUUUAAAUACAUCUGUGUUAUGUACAGCUAUUUUGUAUUAUUUUAUAUCAUAUUCUGUAAUCGUCCGGUGCACAGACAAUCGCUAUACAC